AUGGCAGACAAGGACAGCGUGGAGAAGUACCUGGAGAACAACCCUCAGUUCGCCAAAGAGUACUUCGACAGGAAGGUGCGAGCCGAAGCCAUCGCCGCCGCCUUCACCGAGAAGCUGGACAUCAAGGACCCGUCCUCGUACAGCGACGUCUCGCUGGUCCAGGAGGCCACGAUCAUCUUCGACCUGGUCCGGGAGAUGCAGACCGAGCAGGAGAUGGAGAAGGGCAUGCACAGGGUCCUGCAGCGGAUAUGCAUGCUGGUGAACGCCGACCGCUGCAGCUACUUCAUGCUGAGGGCUCGCAACGGGAUCCCCGAGCUGGCCACGUGUCUGUUCGACGUCACCCCCCUGUCCACGUACGAGAACAACCUGGUGAACCCCUUUUCUGAGAUCGUUUUCCCCACAGACAUCGGGGUCGUCGGGCAGAUAGCCACGAACAAGAGAGGAGUAAACAUUCCUGACGUCAAACAGUAUCCUCGCUUCAGUGACUUUGUGGACAAGCAGACAGGCUACACCACCAAGAACAUGCUGGCCGCGCCCAUCGUGGCGGGAAAGGACGUGCUGGGCGUCGUCAUGGCGAUAAACAAAAUUGGAGGGAAUGAAUUUUCCAAGACUGAUGAAGAUAUCUUUACCAAGUACCUGAACUUCGGCUCGGUCAUCGCUCUUCAGCAUUACACCAACUACAUGUGGAACGUGGAGUCCAGGAGGAGCCAGGUUCUUCUGUGGUCGGCCAGCAAGGUGUUCGAGGAGCUGACGGACAUCGAGCGGCAGUUCCACAAAGCGCUGUACACCGUGAGAACCUACCUCCAGUGUGAGAGGUACUCGGUGGGGCUGCUGGACAUGACCAAGGAGAAGGAAUUCUACGACGAGUGGCCGGUCAAACUGGGGGACGUGGAGCCGUACAAGGGCCCCAAGACGCCCGACGGCAGGGAAGUGAACUUCUACAAAAUCAUCGAUUACCUCUUAGAGGGCAAAGAGGAGAUCAAAGUCAUUCCGGGACCUCCUGCGGAUCACUGGGCCCUCGUUAGCGGACUUCCCACCUACGUGGCUGAAAACGGCUUCAUUUGUAACAUGAUGAACGUCGCUGCUGAUGACUACUUCACAUUCCAGAAAGAAGCCGUGGACGACACCGGCUUUGUGAUUAAGAACGUCUUGUCUCUUCCUAUCGUCAACAAAAAAGAGGAAAUUGUGGGCGUGGCUACGUUCUUCAACCGAAAAGACGGCAAACCGUUUGAAGAGCAGGACGAGCAGAUCACCGAGGCGCUCACGCAGUUUCUGGGAUGGUCGGUGCUCAACUGCGACACCUACGACAGGCUGAACAAGAUGGAGUGGAAGAAGGAGAUCGCUCAGGAUAUGGUGCUGUACCAAACCAAAGCUACUCUGAACGAGGUUCAGGAGAUCUUGAACACGAAGGAGAAAUUCGACAAAACUCCGGAGGACUGCGAUCAGAAGGAGAUGUACAAACUUUUGAGGGCGAACAUUCCUGAAGCCAAGGACGUGGACCUGCUGGAGUUCAGCUUCAGCGACUUUCCUCUGUCCGAGCUGGACCUCAUCAAGUGCGGCAUCCGGUGCUUCUUCGAGCUGGGCGUGGUGGAAAAGUUCAAAGUUCCUGCAGAGGUCCUAACUAGAUGGAUGUACACAGUGAGGAAGGGUUACAGAGACAUCACCUACCAUAACUGGAGACACGGCUUCAACGUGGGCCAGACCAUGUUCUGCUUACUGCAGACCGGGAGACUGAGGAAGUACUACUCCGACCUCGAUGCCUUCGCCAUGGUGGCGGCUGCUUUUUGCCACGAUAUCGACCACCGGGGCACCAACAAUCUGUACCAGACCAAGAGCGCGUCACCUCUGGCCAAGCUUCAUGGAUCGUCUAUUUUGGAACGGCACCACCUCGAAUACAGCAAGACCCUCAUGGGAGAGGAGAACCUGAACAUUUUCCAGAGCCUCCAGAAGCGGCAGUUCGAGACGGUGCAGCACCUACACGACGUCUGCAUCAUCGCCACCGACCUGGCCCUGUACUUCAAGAAGAGGACCAUGUUCCAGAAGAUCGUCGACGCCACGGAGCCCAUGCCGGACGAGAAGGAGGCUAUUAAUUACAUCUCCAACAACCCCAUCAGGAAGGAGAUCAUCAUGGCGAUGAUGAUGACCGGUUGUGAUUUGUCUGCCAUCACAAAACCUUGGGAGGUCCAGAGUCAAGUAGCUUUGAUGGUGGCUGCUGAAUUCUGGGAGCAGGGUGACCUGGAGCGGACCGUCCUCGACCAGCAGCCCAUUCCCAUGAUGGACAGGAAUAAAGCCGCCGAGCUUCCCAAGAUGCAGUGCGGCUUCAUCGACUUCGUCUGCUCGUUCGUCUACAAGGAAUUCUCAAGAUUCCACAAGGAAAUCCAGCCCAUGUUCGACAGCCUGAACAACAACAGGUCUCACUGGAAGGAGCAGGCCGACGCCUAUCAGGCCAAACUGGACGCCAUCGAGAACGAGAAGAAGAAACUGGAGGAGGGAAACAACACAAACAAAGAGCCAGAAGGAGCGAAGUCGAAAACAUGCACCAUAUUUUAAAGAGAUCGUCGGACCCGGAGCCGGAGGAACUGAGGUACCAGCAGGUGGAAGAGCCACUUCCUCUUUAUUUUCGGGACCUUCAUCGUUUUUACUCUUCUGUGACCCGCAGACGCUCACGAGCUGAUUUGAUACACACAGAUUCUUGUAAACACGGAACAGCCCGGCUGGAACAUGACGAGAUCCUGUGCGGUGAUCGCUGCAGCGGCUGCGGGACGGUGGUUCCAUUACCACGAACUUUUGCACGAUGAGAACUGCAUUUAAAAAUCUUACAUUGAUUUAGACGUGUGUUAAAUCUGUACUUUUAAACCGGGAGCGAGAAACAAUCAUGGACUGAUUAUUCACCGAGUUAUGUAGCACUUUGUCUUCUCUGUUGUUCCCAUUAGGGGGCGCCGCAGCAGAUCCUGAACAUCCUCUUUUGCAUCCUGACUCCCUUUCCCCAUAGAACUCUCACCCCUCCUCUGCACACGCUCAGAUCAUCUCAAUCUCGUCCAUCCUCGUCACUCACCAAUGAGCCAUAUAACAUAUCAGGCCUCACUACUGUCACGUAGACUCUCCCUUUUACUCUAUCAGACACCCUUCUAUCACAAACCACCACACUCUUCUUCACCUCUCUGUCACGCCCUCUGUUCCUCUGUACAAUCCACCCUCCGCACUCUACUUUACCUCUCUACCACGUACUCUGUCCAAUCCACCCUCCGCACUCUCUUCUUCACCUCUCUACCACACCCUCUGUUACUCUGUCCAAUCCACCCUCCGCAUUCUCUUCUUUACCUCUCUACCACCCCUCUGUUACUCUGUCCAAUCCACCUUCCGCAUUAUACCACACCCUCUGUUACUCUGUACAAUCCACCUUCCGCAUUAUACCACACCCUCUGUUACUCUGUACAAUCCACCCUCCGCAUUAUACCACACCCUCUGUUACUCUGUCCAAUCCACCCUCCGCACUCUCUUCUUCACCUCUCUACCACACCCUCUGUUACUCUGUACAAUCCACCCUCCGCAUUAUACCACCCCUCUGUUACUCUGUCCAAUCCACCCUCCGCAUUCUCUUCUUUACCUCUCUACCACCCCUCUGUUACUCUGUCCAAUCCAC